AUGAAAAAGAACCCGGGCACUUUCAGCAAACUCUUCGGCAAGAAACAUGCCAACCCGCCCGCCACCUCCCUCUACGCCACGAACCCCCCCUGGAUCUUCACCCAGGAGGCCCCGGAGGAGGGGACCCGGGGCUUCGAUGGGAUCUAUUAUGGAGACAACCGGUUUGACACUGUGAGUGAGUCGGGAACCGCCACGCUAAAAGCUCGGCCCAGAGUCCGGCCCCUGCUCACCUUUCUUCCGCUGGAUGCCCAGGAGAACCAUGGACUGGCUGUACCCACGCCCUGUGUGCCAGACAGCUUUGCAGACAAACAAGGGACAGGCACCAGCACACUCGUCAAUGGCAACCUCCGACUAUACAGCUCUGUGGGGGACCUAAGGCCUGGGCAUUAUGGCCAGGACUUACUCAUCCCCCCACCUCCCCCGGGCCCAGCGCCGGCACCACCCCUAGGUGCUCUGCAGCCUCCAGAGUUCUCUCCGCCACCUCCACCCUCCACAGCUCCCCCACCUCCUCCCCUGCUGGAAUCACUGCCCCCACCCCCACCCAGCACAGCCCCAGCUCUGCCCCCAGGAAUGGGGGCCCUUCCCCACCCACCCACCGUUUCCUCCCCAUCCACACCCACGCCUCCUGACUUCAUUCCUCCCGCACCACCCCAGGCCGUUCAAGCCCCACCUCUACCCCUCUUGCCAGCCCCGACACCCCCAGCCCCAGAGUCUCCUCAUACCGUGGGGACACGCCUCUUCCCCACUGGGGGUGUCACCAAGUGGAAAUCAGAAGUGGCGCUGAAUGGCAGGCAGCCAGAGGUCCCCAGAAGCAGCCCCCCUAGGAGCCCUGCUGAGCCCAAGGGGGCCCUCCCGGGUCUGGAGUCCCACCUCACCUUCCCCCGGUCAUUCAAGGUGCCUCCCCCAACCCCAGUCAGGACUUCGUCCAUCUCUAUUCCAGAGGCACAAGGGACUCCUCCUGAGGACGAAGAGUGCACCAAGAAGGGCCCCGGUCGACCCUCACUGCCUCCUAGCUUCCAUAUCCGCUCCGCGUGCCAGGCCUACCCCGACAGGGCUGCUGAGCUAGCGCUCCCUGAGGAGCCCAGCACUGUGGCACUGGCCGGCCCAAGGCCAGGCCAGCCUCAGGUCCAGAGCAGUGAACAAGCUGAGAUGCCACCUCCAGCCCCUCCCCUACCCCCUCCUGCACCCCCACUCCCUCCACCAGCACCCCCACUGCCCCCAGCCGCCCCUCCUCUGCCAUCUGCUGAGAAGGCAGCCCCUCCACCUGCUGGCUUGAUGAAAAGAACCAAGUUUAGCUUUCCUGCUCCCAAACCCAAACCUGACCCCCCCAGCCCUGAGGAGACAGCCUCUUCGGAGCCCAUGGACUGGCGGGACCCCAGCCAGAUGGCAAAGCUCCGGGACCAGCUGUCAGCCUAUCUUUGCAGCUCCAGGAGAGAGGACCGGCUUGCCAGUCACAGACCAGGUCCAAUGGCAGCCUCUCAGGAAAGAGAGAACCACAAGCGUCCCAGCCUGCCAGCGAAAGAGGUGCCCCCGAGUCUGCUACAGAAGGAGGCUCCCCCAAGGCUGCCAGAGAAGGAGGCCCCCUCAAGUGUUCUUGAGGAGAGUCCUUGCAGCCGGCCAAAGAAGGCUGCCACCAGCCUGAUCCUCCCUCCUGUGGACUACCUCCCCCAAGACCCGCCAACUCCUAGCGUCUGGGAGAUCCGGAAGAAGCUGGAGGCCCAGCUUUCCUCAUCAGCUGAGAAGGAGGCCAGGCCCAGCAGAGGGUCUCUGCCUCCCAAAUCUCAGCCAGAAGGGGGAAGAAUCUUUGAAAACAGAGAUGAUAACAGCAAAUUCCCCAAGCCUGUGGCCAAGAAUCUGCCACCUCUAUCCACCACCCCUCUGCCAAACACACCACUCCAGUCCAAGGUCACACCUGGACCAGCCACCCCACCCAAGGCCACGCCUGAACCAGCCACAUCACCCAAGGCCACUCCCAGACCAGCCUCACCACCCAAGGCCACGUCCGGACCAGCCUCACCACCCAAGGCCACGCCCGGACCAGCCACACCACCCAAGGCCACGCCCGGACCAGCCUCACCACCCAAGGCCACGCCCGGACCAGCCUCACCACCCAAGGCCACGCCCGGACCAGCCACACCACCCAAGGUCACGCCCGGACCAGCCACACCACCCAAGGCCACGCCCGGACCAGCCUCACCACCCAAGGCCACGCCCGGACCAGCCACACCAUCCAAGGCCACGCCCGGACCAGCCACACCACCCAAGGCCACGUCUGGACCAGCCACACCACCCAAGGCCACACCUCUACCCAUCACAUCUUCCCAACUGAUAGCAGAAAAGAACCUGGCCCCUGCUGGGCAGUGGGAGAAGCCAGAACAUGAAGCACUUGCAGUGCCCUCCAAGCCAGAGGUAGAGGGGCACUCCUCAGAGACCAGUAAGCCUCCUACACAGGGAGCCCUCUCAUCUCCAGCCUUCCCCCCAAAGAUAUCACCUGGGCGAGAAGAGGUGCCAUGUUUCUACAAGCCCCACUGCAGCCAGAACAGCUCCAGCAGAGAGGUGGCUGUGGUGAUACCCACUCUGUCCAGAGGAGAGGCUGCAGGGUCAGGCAAGCCUGUGGAGGUGAAGGAGCCCCAGCAGCUGCCACCCAAACCCCCAGCCUCAUCCCAGGCUGCUGACGAACUCCUCAGGCACCCGGUGACGGGGGAGGUGGUGGAGCGGGGUUCCCCAAUGGCCCUGCUCCUUGCGGCCAAGCAGAGGGCCCAGAAGGGGAGGCCCAGGGGGGCCCCCCUGGGCCGGCCCUCCCUGCCAGGGAGUCUCCAAGGCCCCAGCCAGCCCGAGGCAGGCUCUGAUACCAUCUUGUACAACGAGGGCCAGCCCAACUCCUUCACUGUGGUUCCCAAGGUGUCCAAGGAGACUGAGAAGGUCCCCCAGCUAACCUCGCCAGGACAACCCAAAGGACUCUGUCAGUGGGAACUCCAGCCCCUCAGGGACCCGGAGGACACAGAGUCGGGCCGCGGGCCCAGCUCAACAAAGGUGAAGCCCCAGGCCUCCGCGGCCUGGGAGAGACCGGCGCCCUCCAGCCUCCUCCAGGGCCGCCUGCUGCCCAAGUCUUUCUCUUCCCCUCCUUCUCCUUCCCACAAGCCGGAGGAAGACAAGGAGGAGGAGUUCAACUUUGAGGUCAUCCCGCCGCCGCCAGAAUUCAGCAAUGAUCCCGAGCCCCCGGCCGCCCCCUUGCAGUAUCUGGGGCGCCGGGGUUCCCCUCCCCGGAACAAUUUCUCAGACUUGGGGCAGCCCGCGAAUGCGGGCCCAGCUCGCGGCUUCUCUCACUUCUCCGCGGAUCCAGGUCCGGCCCGGGGCCUGGAGCGCUUCUCCGGCGGGGGCGGGGGCCGCUCGCUCAUCAAGAAGCGCCUGUACGUCGGGGAGCCCCACCGCAACCCAGAGCCGCCCCGCGGCGGCACCGGCCGCAGCCUGAGCUUCCCCAACUGCUUCGGGCCGCAGCCCGGGGGCCCCUUCGCAGCGCCCAGCGGCCCGGAGAUGCGGCGCGUCAACUCGGCGGGCCGCGGGCCCCCCGGCGGCCUGCACUCGCGGAAGGUGUCCCUGGAGGGCGCCGCUCGCGGAGAGGCCAAGUACAAAGCUCGCGGCGGCGGCGGCGACUAUGGCUGCGCCCCGGCUACCGGCAGGUCUCCCCACAACAACAUGCACUACGGAAGCUCCAUCAACACAUUCACUGUGAGGCCUGGGACCCGCCAUCCCAUCUCCUACGCCUACUCAGGGGCCCAUUGGAAGGCCCCCUCCUGA